UUUUCAGAUUGCAUAAAUGGAGAUAACUACUAAGAGCAUCUUUUUUUUUUUGGGUAAUGUACUAAGAAGCAUCUUUGCACAUAGAAGAACAUUUGUUUUGUUUUCCAUCCACUGGUAAGAAGAUUAAUUUCACCAAUUUGAGAGAGACAGAAGAGGAGAAAGAAGAUCAAAAAUAUGGCUGACGCUGUUGUUUCUGUUGUGGCCGAAGGGAUCAAGCUGCUCGGAGACUACAUCCUACAGCAAGCAAAAUCCUCAAGUGGAGUCAGCUAUCAAGUUAGGCUUGCACAAGUCGAGCUACACUUGAUGCGUGGCUUCCUGAAAGAUGCAGAUUCAAGAACUGGGGAAGAUGAAGUUGUACGCAUUUGGGUAGAACUCAUUAGAGAUGCUGCUUAUGAUUUGGAAGAUGUCAUAGAAUCUUUCGCCUUAAAAUUGGCUUACAGGAGGAGAGGAGGUACUGUGAAGAUUGCUCUGAAAAGGUUUGCCUGCAUUUUCAGUGAAGGAGUUGAUCUUCACAAGAUUGGGUCGGAAAUUGAGGAUAUUAUGACCACACUAUCUCAUUUGAGGUCGAGUUUGCAAAGUUAUAACAUAAGACAAGUAAGUGCGGGUGAAAGUGUGGCUUCUGCUUUUAAGAGGCAACGAGAUAGGAGGCUAACUUAUGCUCAUGAAGUCGAAAGUUAUAUUGUUGGGUUGGAGGAAAACACGGAUAGACUGGUGAAAGAGUUGUUAAGAGAUGGAAAGCGUCACCGUGUUGUUUCUAUUUGGGGGAUGGGCGGCUCUGGAAAAACCACUCUUGCAAAACAGGUUUUUCUUCAAAAUGAAGUUAAGCGCCAUUUUGUUUGUUUUGCUUGGGUCUGCAUAUCUCAACAAUGGGAAGGAAAGGAUGUAUUGGAAGAGAUUUUAAUUAAACUCACUUCCCCAGCAACAGAGAAAAGGAAAGAAAUUUCCAAAAUGAAGAAGGAUGAAAUAGCAAGGGAGGUCUGUAGUAUCCAAAGAGAAAAGGGAUGUCUGGUGGUCCUUGAUGACAUAUGGACUCAAGAGUCUUGGAAUUCGAUAAAAGCUGGAUUCCCAAUCAAUCAGGAAACAGAAAGCCGGAUAUUACUCACUUCUCGGAAGAAAGAAGUCGCCUUGCUUGCUUCCAGAAAUGACUAUCUCCACCAGCCUCAGCCUCUAGAUGCCAUGCAAAGCUGGGAACUGUUUGAAAAGAUAGCCAUCUGUGGAAGCGACAAAACAGACUUGCAAAUUUAUGCAAAGAAGAGAGAAUUAGGAGAGAAGAUGCUUAUACAUUGUUCAGGUCUACCAUUAGCCAUCAGUGUGCAACCAAUACUCUCCUCCGCCCAUCAGUGACUGGUCAAAUUAACUAGCAACCUCAGCAUUGUCCACCCCCAUAACUGUUGGUGGUCUUCCAUGCUUAAAAUUUCGUUUCCAUCACCCCAAACAUCCAUAACAAAUAGCCCUAAGUGCUGAACACUCUUUCUUCCACACGUAUUAACACACCCGAAAUUGUUACAAACACACAUUGCUUGCAUUUUCUAAUUUAUUUUUGUUAUAUAAAUUAUCCAUAAUACCUUUAAAUUCAUUAAAACAUAAACGCUUUUACAUU